CCUGCUCCAGGCUCACGUGGGCUAGUCCGGCGUGGCGGUCUUGAGGACGGAGUUGGCUGGAACUGCAAUUGGCACAAGUGCUUCCCUGUGCCGGGGUGUCAUGGAAGGGCUGCUGACAAGAUGCAGAGCACUGCCCGCUCUGGCCUCCUGCAACCACCAGCUCUCUGGGUACCUUCCCCGCAGGUUUCCCCACUGUGCCCCAGGGAGAGGGAAGCGCUUGGUGCUGUCCUGCCUGUUCCAGCCCCAGAACCUUCGGGAAGACCAGGUGCUCCCACUGGAGGGCAGAUCUGGCGACCUGACCUGUAAGAGCCAGCGGCUGAUGCUGCAGGUGGGCCUGAUCCACCCAGCGAGCUCCGGCUGUUACCACCUCCUGCCUUACACUGUUCGUGCCAUGGAGAAGCUGGUGCGGGUGAUAGACCAGGAGAUGCAGGCCAUUGGCGGGCAGAAGGUCAAUAUGCCCAGUCUCAGCCCAGCAGAGCUCUGGCGAGCCUCCAACCGGUGGGACUUGAUGGGCAAGGAGCUGCUAAGACUUAGAGACAGACACGGCAAGGAAUACUGCCUAGGACCAACUCACGAGGAAGCCAUUACAGCCCUGGUUGCCUCCCAGAAGACACUGUCCUACAAGCAGCUCCCAUUCCUGCUGUACCAGGUGACAAGGAAGUUUCGGGAUGAGCCCAGGCCCCGCUUUGGUCUUCUCCGUGGCCGAGAGUUUUACAUGAAGGACAUGUACACCUUCGACUCCUCCCCAGAGGCCGCCCGGCAGACCUACAGCCUGGUAUGUGAUGCCUACAGCAGCCUGUUUGACAGGCUGGGGCUGCGGUGUGUCAAGGUCCAGGCAGACGUGGGCAGCAUCGGGGGCACGAUGUCUCACGAGUUCCAGCUCCCAGUGGAGAUUGGAGAGGACCGGUUUGCUGUCUGUACCAGCUGCAGCUUCUCGGCCAACGUGGAGACGCUAGACUCGUCUCAAAUGAUCUGCCCUGCUUGCCAGGGACCACUGACUGAAACCAAAGGCAUUGAGGUGGGGCACACGUUUUACCUGGGCACCAAGUACUCCUCCAUUUUCAAUGCCCAGUUUAUUAACGUCCAUGGCAAGCCUUCCCUGGCUGAAAUGGGGUGCUAUGGCUUAGGUGUGACACGGAUUUUGGCUGCUGCCAUUGAGGUUCUCUCUACAGAAGACUGCAUUCGCUGGCCGAGCCUCCUGGCUCCUUACCAAGUCUGCCUCAUCCCCCCGAAGAAGGGCAGUAAGGAAGAGGCGGUUGCAGAGCUCAUGGGGCAGCUGUACGACCACAUCUCAGAGGCAGUGCCGCAGCUUCGUGGGGAGAUCCUACUGGACGACAGGACCCAUCUGACCAUUGGGAACAGACUGAAGGAUGCCAACAAAUUUGGCUACCCCUUUGUGAUCAUCGCCGGCAAGAGGGCCUUGGAGGACCCUGCCCAUUUUGAGGUUUGGUGCCAGAACACCAGUGAAGUGGUCUUUCUCACCGAAGAAGCAGUCAUAGAAUUACUGAGCCACGUGCAGGUUGUGUAAAUGCCCAGCCCACCCUCCUCAUGCCGCGCCUUGGAGUUCGUCCUAAUGCUGCUGCCUUUCCUGCACUCCUUUCUGGGGCUGGUCUCUCAGAAACAGGCAGCUCAUGGACGAUGAGCACAAGUUAGGGAAACCAAUUUUUAUCCAGUCAUUUAUUCAUACUAUUUGUAUUAAAGUCAUUAACUUGGUCCCUUUCUCUGGACUGGCCAUGCUGCCACAUACCAUUCCUUUGAUAUCUUGUUAGGAGGCAGGGAGGCAAGAAAGAGCAGCCUUCUUGUCCUGGCCCUGAGGCGAGUCACUUCCCUUCUCUCAGCUGUCCCAUGUGUAGGGUGGGGGUGGCUGAUGGCCAAGGCCCUCCCGGCUCCAUAGUCUGACCACAGGCCACUUGCUGCAUACAAGUGUGGAGAGCAGGCCAGGAGAAAAUGGAACUAGAUCUGUAAAGUCUUUAACAGCUGUCUGUCACUGGCUGGUUCCACGAGAGGUUCAUAACAGACAGAUCUGGUUCCUCUAAUCCCCCUUUAGUCUAAGUUACACAGAAAGCUGAUGUAAUCAGCUAAUGGCCCCAGUAGAUCUACUCUAUUGAGGUGGCUCUGCACGAGAUCAUGUUGUGACGAUUGAAUAAAGUCAAACUAUUGGGAUGAGCCGUGCAUGCUCAUUUGAAACAAUGGUGACAUCUGCCUUCUUAAUUGUAUGUGGUACCUUGUCUUGAGAGUCUUCUUUCCCUUCUUUUUCUACCAUGU